AUGGUAAAUGCACAGCAGGGGGACGAGGAGGAACCGCAGGGAGUGGAAGAUUGGCUUGCAUACCUGAAGAAACACGAUAGCGAAUGGCUGGGCAGAACGCUGCGAGAAAGGUGCGAAUGYCUGGGAUACCUGGGGCAGACCAAUGGUUCCAAGCACCCGCUUCCACCACCAUCAUCGACGGCCGGCAAGCCUCAGGCGGACACGUCGCUCGCCGGGCCUCACGAUGUCACCGCGGCAGACGUACCACCGGACUGGGCCAAUAACGAGCAUGUGACCUUGCUCAGGAACUAUCCGUGGCAUGAAACAGAGCUGGGUCCCAUGUCCGGAUGGCCGAUAGAGCUGCGCAGGAUGGUGAACUUUACCAUCCAAGACCGGAGGUCGGCCGUGCUCUGGUGGGGUCCGAUGAGACGCUGCGUCAUCUACAACGAGGCUUACAACUUCACUCUGGGCAAUCGUCAUCCUUGGGCGCAUGGCAAGACAUCCGAUGAAGUAWGGCCUGAGCUGGUCAAUGCAGAAUUCGCUAGAGCUUUCGACCAUGCGGACCUCACAGGGCAACCAUCUUUCCAGGAUAGCGUGUUGUUCUUCGUCCACCGCAAUGGCUACAAUGAGGAAAUCUAUGCCGGCUGGACUGUCAGGCCCAUCGCAGGGACUCUGUCUACCGGGACUAACAUGGGAUAUUACAACAGCGUGUUUGAGAACACUCGAGAGGUGCUGCAUGAAAGACGCAUGCUGACCAUCCACGCACUCGAGGUCGAAACGUCCAAAGCCUCCAGCAUGAAGGAUUACUACACAUGUGUCCUUCGCGGCUUGGAGAGCAACACGAACGAGGUGCCCUUCGCGGCACUAUACGGACCUGCCCAGGAAGAUAUCUCCGCCGCGGAGACAAUUUUCGCUGGCGGUAGUUCGGACGCGAGCGCUGGUUUCGCUCAGUCGGAUUUUGGCUCGGUUUUCGCUGGAAAGGAAUGGACGCUCGAAGGUGUCCUCGCGCCAACCGGUUACGACCCACCGCUUCCCACGCGCGUGGAUCUUGACUCUGGAAAUGAUCUCCUAACUCCUGUCUUUCGUUCAGCGAUGCUUUCAAAGACGCUGGUAGUGCUCCGCGCCUCAGAUGGCUCACUUCCCAAACACUUGCGUGAUAUGGCGAAAUCGCGUGCUUUUGAGGGUGACACAUGCGACACUGCGAUUCUAUGUCCGCUAUACAGCACCCACCAAGAGCAUCGGUCGGGCUUCCUGUUGCUUGGUCUCAAUACAAGACGAACGUACGAUCAGGAGUAUCAAAGAUUCGUGCGACUUCUCGUAAAUCAACUGACCACGACACUGUCAUCUGUGGUAUUGGCUGAAGAUGAAGCAAGACGUGCCCGCAUCUCUGCAAGACUCGCAGCUCAGGAUCGCAUGCAACUAGUGGAGAAGUUGGCUGCGAGUACGCAAGGGCUGCGUGAUAGUGAGAUGCGCUUCAGGAGUAUGGCGGACCUUGCCCCUAUCGCCAUUUUCGAAUUUGACAGUGCAGGUCGUCUGUUGUUCGCCAAUCAGCGAUGGCUUGAGCUCACUGGUAACAGUGGCGUCCCUUCUGAGGAGAUCAGACGAGGCAGGCUUGUUGUAGAAGCUGAUCGUGAUGCCUACGAAGCUCACUGGCAUCGACUUUUGGCGGGCGAGCAAGUUGAGAAUUUUGAGUUUCGACUCAGCAGACCAUUUAUAACCGACGAGAUCUUCGAUGGCGAGCGAUUGCAGGGUGAGACAUGGAUCCUCAUAUCUGCGUACGGUUUACGGGAUGACAGCGAGAGCAAUGGCGGUGAUAGCAGCGUCAAAGGUGUCUUUGGCUGUCUCGUCGACAUAUCACGACAGAAGUGGAUGGAAGGCUUUCAAGUAAGGAAAGUUAAAGAGCAGGAGCACCGGCGUCGACAGCAGGAAGCAUUCAUUGACAAGACUAACCACGAGGCUCGAAAUCCACUGGCAGCCAUCACUCUCUGCGCAGACGACCUGUACACGACAAUAUCCACUCUAAUGCAGUCGCCGGGCGAGCUCAACAUCCCACUUAGCCGGCAGACUGCAUCAACUCUACUAGAGAGCGUCGAGACUAUCAUCACCUGCGCACGGCAUCAGAAGCGCAUCAUAGAGGAUGUUUUGGUGGCUUCAAAGCUAGAGUCUGGCCUACUGACCAUGUCUCCAUCCCCCAUACAGGUCACAGAAGUGAUUGAAUCGGCGCUGAAAAUGUUCAGGACUGAAUUUCAAAGGAGUCGCGUUGAUCUCGAUUACACAGUCGGACAGUCGUAUCGGGACUACAACGUUCAAUACGUUCUUUUGGACUCUACGAGACUACUACAGGUGCUACUAAAUCUACUCACCAAUGCCAUCAAAUUCGCGAAGUUUGAGGAUUCGCGUAAGAUCACUGUGAGACUGGAAGCUAGUGCUACAUGCCCUGGCGAAGCAGAUCUUGGAGUGACAUUCGUCUCUGCUGCGCAGGUAAAUGACGCUUUCACAGGUAGCCAGCCUGUGUAUCUAUACAUCUCCAUCCAAGACACGGGUCCGGGCAUAUCCAGUCACGACUUUGCAGGUCUUUUCGAACGCUUUAGACAAGCUCCGAACCAGAACAACAAGACAUACGCAACCUACGGAGGCUCUGGUCUUGGGCUAUGGAUAUCCAAGGAGCUUUGUGGACAGAUGGGAGGACAAAUAGGCGCUGCUUCAGGUCCUUCAGGCUCAACUUUCGCUUUCUAUGUUCGAACGAGCCAUUGUUCGCAGCAACCUGAACUGCCGCUGCUACCUCACAGGGAGGCCAGAGAGAGCAUUCAGCGGGAGCUGACGGCAGCGAUCGGUAACCUGAGCCCGCCAACGAACAAGGCACAGAAAGAUCGCCCCAUUGCCGCAUUGAUUGUUGAGGACAACCUUUUGAACCAAAAGGUCAUGCGCAAGCAGCUCAUACGCGCAGGGCUCGAUGUUGCAGUUGCAAAUCAUGGCCAAGAGGCGCUCGAUUACAUCUACAGCAAAGAUAGGCCGCCUCUGGACGYAGUCCUCAUGGACAUAGAAAUGCCUGUCCUUGACGGCAUAGCAGCCACGCGAGCCAUCAGAGCACGCGAGCAAUCACAGAAAGAUUCCGUGCGGCUUCCCAUCUUAGGCGUCACAGCCAAUGCCCGGCACGAGCAACUGGAACACGCAAGAUCUGUGGGGAUGGACGAGAUGAUCACGAAACCGUUCCAUAUGACGGAUCUCCUGCCUGCGAUCCAUCGCGUCAAGCGAUGGCAGCCGUGA